AUGGAAAUCGAAGCUGUAGAAGCAGUUUAUGGUGAAGAGUGCGUCAUAUUGGAAACAUACCCUCCUCAUCUUCACCUCCACAUCAAGCCCCGUACCGCCGAGAUCUCUUCUCAGCAGUUUGUGGAAGCCGUUGUGAGAAUAAAGGCAGGUUCCAAGUAUCCAGACGAGCCUCCUCAAAUUAGCCUGCUUGAAUCUAAGGGUCUUGAUGAGCAAAGGCAGAAGCAUCUGAUGGGCAUUGUGAAACAGAAAGCUUCUGAACUUUCAUCUUCUCUAAUGCUUGUAGAACUCUGUGAGGAAGCAGUAGAGAGGCUGACGAUUAUGAAUCAUCCGGAUGGAGAUUGUCCAAUGUGUUUGUAUCCGUUAUUCCCUGAGGAUGGCGGGAGUAAACAAAUGCCGUUUAUGAAGCUCAUGUCUUGCUUUCAUUGUUUCCACUGUGAGUGCAUCAUUAGGUGGUGGAAUUGGCUUCAUACGCAGAAAGAAGCUGAUUCGAAAUCUGGUGACACUUUACGUCAGCACAGAGAAACAAGUGAUCAAGAAGAUAAAAGCUUGGGGAACUGUCCAGUGUGCCGGAAAGUGUUUCAUGCAAGUGAUAUUGAACAUGUUCUCAACUUAGUCGGUGAUGCUCAAUCAUCUCAACAGGACUCUAGUUUGGUACAAGGUGAGAGGCAAGACCCGCUGAUUCAGUCAGAUUCAGAGAAGAUAAGAAGGGAGCGGUUUGAGGCUAUUUUAAAGACGCAGGAAGAAAAAGGAGGUUUGGUUCAACCGAAGAAAAACAUAUCGGUUGUUCCCGGUAUGUAUCUUCCUCCACCAGCUUCUCCAUCAUCAAAUGAAGAAGAAGCUAGUCAAAGUCAAGAACAAGAACCCAAAGAAGCUGACACAGAGACAAACUCUAGUAGCUCCACCAACAGGAGAGGCCGAGGCAGAGGCAGAGGUCGAGGUCGUGGCCGGGGACCUGACGUUGACAGACGGAAGCAGAAUUCACAAGAUCCAAGAAAACCGACGAAGCAAUGGGUGCCGAGAAGUUGA